GUUGCUACGACGCGGAGAAGUAAUAGUGCAGUGACGUCAUGGCGCCAACCCCGUACAUGGUACCCAAUGAGUACAGCGAGGAGCCCAUCUCCAGGACCUAUCAGUACCGGAAGGUCAUGAAACCGAUGCUGGAGCGAAAACGGCGCGCCAGAAUAAACCGAUGCCUGGACGAGCUGAAGGAGUUGAUGGUCACAGCCCUCCAGAGCGAGGGAGAGAACGUGUCGAAGCUGGAAAAGGCGGACAUCCUGGAGCUGACAGUGCGGCAUCUCCACGGCCUGAAGCGCCAACACCAGCUGAUUCUACCUCCGGAGCAAAGCUACGCCGACCGCUUCAGGGCGGGAUUCACGCAGUGCGCCAAGGAAGUGUCACAGUUCCUGACAACGCCGUCGGAAACGGUGGAUGUCGCCGCCGGCAGGAAGCUGCUGCAGCACCUGGGGGCGUGUGUGCGGCAGUUGGAGUGCGCACAAAGCGUGCAUUAUCAGAGUUUUACGCCGCCGACGUCGCCGUCGAUGGAGGCGAAGAAGGUGGCAAUGUGGAGACCUUGGUGAUGAGUGCCUGUGUUCGUUUGUACUUUAGUGACUUUUUCCUAUUUUUGCAAUCGUCUUCCAAUUCAAAAUUUGUCUUUCGUAGAUUUUUUUUGUUGUUAGUUUUGUUAUUUUAGUUCACAGUAUAUUAUCGUAAUUGUAAAUCGACUUUAGCUUUAAUACUGUGAUAAUUAUUUUAGGUAAUUAAACGGAUAAUUCUUUGUAUGAUAUUUUGUACCUGAUGACUGAUCUUUAAGAAUUUUGUAUGUUAAAUUCGAUCAUAGUUUUAAAAUAAAGAAUUUAUAGAAAA